AUGGCAACCGUUGAUGAGAAUCACGGGAGGCAGGAAGAGAGGAAUAUGACUGAUAGCGCAGCAAUGCCGAGUCCACUACAGGACAUUAAAGCGUCAGAGGAGGAAGAGAGGCGAUGCUGGAUUUGUUUAGUGAGUGACACUGAGUUGAAAAAUCAAUCAUGGAGCAAGCCAUGCAAAUGUAAAUCGUCGCUGAAAUGGGCACACGAAGCAUGUCUGCUUAAAUGGAUUGCCGAAAAAAGUACACCUACAUCGUCCAUAGUCGCUUGUGCUGCUUGCGGAUAUCAGUAUAAAAUCAAACAGAACUCGACGGCCAUACUCAGUGUCUUUGCAAUCAUCGACAAGGUCUAUGGCGAUAUAGUCCCAUACAUCUCCCUCGCCGGUCUCGGAACAGCUGCAAUGGUCGCAUCAACAACGUACGGCGCUUUUGUAGUAUACAUGUUUUGUGGGCCACUUGAAGGAGAAAGAAUACUCUCAGAACCAUGGAGCUGGCGUACAUGGCUUGGUCUCCCCAUGAUUCCGAUUGGUCUGAUAUUGUCACGGUUGUCAUCGCCUGAACCGCUACUUCCGCUACUGCCCUUCAUCAUUAUUGGGAAUCGGCAGAUGAAGCUUACGAUGCCGCCUUCUCCAGCUCUCACACUAUGCCUCCUCCCAUGGUCUCGAAUUGUAUACGCCAGAGCAUAUAAAGCAGUGAAGGGCCUCAUAUUCCAAAAGAGGGGUGAAGCAGCACCACCACCAGUUAUACCAGCCGAUGAUCUUGAGUUUGAUAAUCCUGGGGUAGCAGAAGACGAUGAUUUCGUAAUGAAUAAUGAUGGUGUUGUAGUUGGUAACGGUGAACGUCUUGAAAGAAGGAAUGGGCCGAGAGUUGUAGUGGGUGCUUUGCUACUACCUGCACUUGCAUCGUUUCUUGGACAAAAUCUGAUAUCUCGUAUUGCUUUGGUUCGAAAAUAUUUCCCGGAUGUGUUUCAUCAGUCUCUAAUUGGUGGUUGUGCGUUUGUCGUUAUCAAGGAUUCGUUGGACUUGUUGUAUCGCUAUCUGAAACUUUCAAGGGACAAGUCCCGGCGUGUGCUCAAUUAUAAUGGAGGAGAUUGA